AUGUCUUGCAACGGACUGUGUCCUGAUCUCCCGUGCAAUGUGAGUCUCACAGUGAAGGGUGAUAGCAAACCGGCGACAAGCAUCAUCAUGUUCUUGGCCGGCGUGGUUGGGAACCUGCUGGCGCUCUUCAUCUUGGGGGUACACCGCAAAGAGCACCGCUCCACGUCGUCAGUAUUCUCCAUCCUGGUGACGGGCCUCGCCCUCACAGACCUGCUGGGCACUUGUCUACUCAGUCCAUCUGUCUUCAUCUGCUAUGCCCGCAACGUGUCCCUCAUUGGCCUGGGUGGCGAGAACCUGUGCCAGCUUUUCGGCUUUGCCAUGAGCUUCUUCGGCCUGGCGCCCACCCUCAUUCUUUGCACAAUGGCCGUGGAACGCUGCCUUGCCAUCAGCCACCCUUACUUUUACUCGGUGCACAUCCGUCAAAGCUUCGCCAAGGUGACCCUCGUCAUCAUUUACCUCUUUUCCUUAGCUUUCUGCCUGCUGCCGUUGGGGGGCAUCGGCAAGUUCAGGCAGUACUGCCCGGGGACGUGGUGCUUUAUCGACAUGGAUGCCACGGGGGACGCCAACGCCGACCGGGUGCAAGCCUUCUCGCUCACUUACUCCACCCUCAUGGCGUUGAUCAUCCUUGCUGUGUUCGCUUGCAAUGGCUCGGUGAUUGUAAGCCUUUGUCAAAUGCACCGCAGUCAGUUGAUGCGGCGAGGAUCAGCCCAAUCCACGGGCAGGAGGAGGAAACUGAGCCUGCCCUUGUUCGGAAGGGGCGAGGAGGAGAUGGACCACCUGGUACUGCUGGCGCUCAUCACCGUCAUCUUUGCCGUCUGCUCGCUGCCACUGACGUUUGCCGGGUUCAUCAACGCCAUCCACCCGUUCAGCGACGACAAGGAGAACCUGACUGCUUUCCGCUUUUACGCCUUCAACCCCAUCGUGGACCCGUGGGUGUUCAUCAUCUGCCGCAAGUCCGUUUUACGACACCUGCGCUCACUGCUGAACUGCCGCUUUGGCCGGGGGGCCGGCGUCAAGACCCCAUCUCACUCCGUUGCCAUGCCCUUGUCCUUGGAGGGCCACGUGAUUCAACGUCAUGCUCCUGACUUGACGCAGAAUGGCUAUUAUGCGGGCUUACCCACGUCGCCUGGUAAAUGA